AAAAUACGUCAUCUGUAAAAGCCAAUAAUACGGCAGUUCAAGUGCACAACCCUGUUUACACAAAAAGUCGCGUGGAUCCGGUCUCCCCAAGGGAUGGUUCUUCAAUAACAACAGAAGACAGUUUAGAAAUCGAUGAAUGGGACAGUAUCGCUCGCAAUAAUGCGAUCAUAUUCGAAGAAAACGGAGGGGUGUACUACAACAACAACGAGAAAGUGAAGGCACUGAAAAUUCAAGUUGCAAAACUGAAGACAUUUGUGAUGUCAAAGAAUAUGGACUACUUCAAGAAAGAGUUUGAGAAACUUCCGUACGGGCUUCUAAAAGAGUACCGGGUUUCGCAAAUGAAGGCAAACAUUGGCAAAAACAGAUACAAAGGCAUUUAUCCGUAUGAUGACUACAGGGUGAAGGUUCGAGGUGGAGACACCGACUAUAUCAACGCUAGUUUCAUUGACGGAUACAAAAGGCGAAACGAAUACAUCGCAACAUUGGGUCCUAUGUCUAAACAACUUGGCAAUUUUGCGACUUUCUGGAGAAUGGUGUGGCAACAAAACGUAGAGAAAAUCGUAAUGGUAACAAAUCUAGUGGAGGACGGGACAGAAAAGUGCGAGAAGUACUGGCCCAGUGUUGAUGCCCCGCAGAUGUACGAUGAUAUUCAAGUGUUAUGUCAGAGUGAAGACGAAUAUGCCGAAUUUACGCGACGAAUGUUUACUGCUAUAAAGGACAGACAAACUCGGACUUUGACUCAAUUACAUUUCACAUCUUGGCCCGAUAAAGAUGUUCCAGAAGAUGUUACAUCAAUCAUCGAUUUCAGGCAGAAUGUUUUACGUGCUCCGGCGACACUUGAAGGACCCACAAUCGUGCACUGCAGUGCAGGCGUAGGUCGCACCGGUACCUACAUAGCUAUCGAUAUUCUCACAAAAGAGGGAGAAGCCGAAGGAGCUAUAGAAGUUCCUAGCUGUGUUCUGAACAUGAGACAAAACAGGCCAAAUAUGGUACAGACAGAAGGACAGUACGCGUAUCUUCACCAUGCCGUUCUCCACUCGCUCACAUUUGACUGCAAGCCAGUGACCAUUAACAAGUUCCAAUUGUACAUGGACACAACAUCAAAGGAUAAAAUCAGGAACAUAUUUCACCAAUUACAAGAGACAGUGUCGUGCGAGUCAUCGGAUGAAACCGAAGCAGUUGCAAAAAACGCCAAACGUACUGACAAGAACAGAGAUGGGGCUGAUGUUCCAGGUGACGAGCAUCGACCGAAGCUAUACUUAAACCGGAAACCAGGUUCCACAGAUUAUAUAAAUGCAGUUUUUGUUAACAGUUUCCAGAAAAAGAAUAAUUACAUCCUUGCACAAACUCCGUUAACAAACACCGUCGUCGAUUUCCUCGCAUUGCUUGUCCAAACAAAAUGUGCGUGCAUUGUAAGUUUGGAAUCAGCAAAUAUGAACGCUGUGUUUAAGGACAUCGGUGUGUACUUACCUGCGGACAAUCAGGUGUUGAAGAAUGGAAUCUUCAGCGUCCGUUGUUCGAAGACAGAGGCAAAUGAGUACCGCAAUAAACGGACGAUGACCGUUGAGCAUCGAGCGAAUCAGGCAAGCGAGGCAUUGUCUUUAACGUACCUGGAGUUUACAGACUGGAACACGGAAGAGAGAAUACCAAAUUCUCCUGUCAAUUUCCGCCGAUUCAUUGCAGAAGUUGACACAGUAACAGCCAAUAGCUCUGAUCGUCCAGUUCUGAUACAUUGUCUGGAUGGUGCCAGUAAAUGCGGCCUGUUUGGUGUGGUGGCCAAUCUCCUACAGACGAUGGAGGUGGAACAUGAAGUCAGCGUAGCGAACACUGUGCGGAAGGUUAAGACGAGAAGAAAGGGCGCGAUCCCUAACUUAGAGCAGUUUCAGUUCUGCCAUGACUGUGUCCUUGACUAUACUCAGAGCUUCAACAUUUACUCAAAUAUCGCCGCUGAGCUCUCCGAUUGCUGAGUUGAUGUUGUAUGAAACGACUUGGUCCUUGACUUCAUUCUGAGCUUCAAUAUUUACUCCAACUUCGGUGCUGAGCUCUCCGAUUGCUGAGUGCAGGAAGUAUGAAACGACUUGGUCCUUGACUUCAUUCAAAGCUUCAACAUCUACUCAAAUUGUGCCGCUGAGCUCUCCGAUUGCUGAGUUCAUGUUGUAUGAACUGACUUGGUCCUUGACUUCAUUCAGAGCUUCAACAUUUACUCCAACUUCUCCGCUGAGCUCUCCGAUUGCUGAGUUCAUGUUGUAAAAGACGACUUGGUCCUUGACUUCAUUCAGAGCUUCCACAUUUACUUAAAUAUCGCCGCUGAGCUCUCCGAUUGCUGAAUUCAUGUUGUAUAAGACGACUUGAUCCUUAACUUCAUUCAGAGCUUCAACAUUUACUGCAACUUCGCCGCUGAGCUCUCCGAUUGCUGAGUUAGUGUUGUAUGAAACGAUUUGGUCCUUGACUUCAUUCAGAGCUUCAAUAUUUACUCCAACUUCGCCACUGAGCUCUCUGAUUGCUGUGUUCAUGUUGUAUGAAACGACUUGGUCCUUGACUUCAUUCAGAGCUUCAACAUUUACUCCAACUUCGCCGCUGAGCUCUCCGAUUGCUUAGUUCAUGUUGUAUGAGACGACUUGGUCCUUGACUUCAUUCGGAGCUUCAACAUUUACUCCAAAUUCGCCGCUUAGCUCUCUGAUUUCGCGGACUUCAGGAAGUUUGACUUUCGCUGGACUAGACUACACUCAAACAUUCCCAAUCUACUCCGAUGGAGGAGUUCAAGUUGUCUGUCAUCACUGUGUCCUUUGCUAUAUUCAAAGUUCACAGUGGCUUUGACAACUACUCCAAUUUUGCUGCUGCUCUUUCCGAUUUCUGACAAUACUUCGAAAAAAACAACAACAACCUCUCAAACUUCGCUGUUUUCAUCUCCAAGUCCUACCUUAACAUUACUACCCUAAUGAAAGUGCUACUGAUAGACUACAUAGUGCUUUCCUAAUAAAGGCCGAAACUAAUCUCCAUCAUUGAUCACUUGAUUUAAACAGUGAUUUUUCUAUGAUUUGAAAUUCGUGUUGUCUUUUUUAUGAAUUUCUCAAUAAAAGCUCUUUUAGUAUAGCUGUUUAAAAUCUUAAAAGAAUACAUGUUGAAAUGCAUGACGACAUUAGAAUACAAGUUAUUCAACUGAUAUAUACUCUUGGAACAAUCGACUAGGGUAAUGGGCUGUAUGUAUAUGAAAAUGCAUCGCAAAUCACACAAUAGUGUGCGUGUAAAUAUGUCCAAAUUUAUUUAAUUGGAGCGCUGUGAUAUUAUUCGUAAUAAUUGUAAUGUGUUACAGUAAGUAAUAAUCUAUUUAGACUCGUUUGUCAACACUUAUAUUCAAUUAUUUUAUUUCAACUUCUAGAGCAGAUAUUUGCUACUUUUUGCCAUUUCAAAAGUCCUGUCUCAUAGCCACUGUUUUUUCAUGCGACAUCUUUAACAAGGUGUGUUUUAUGAUUAUAGCCGUUCUUCAUAUCAAUGUUAUGUUUCGUUACUUAUGUUUUUCAGACAUUUGCAAUUGUAAAAGUAAAUAUCAAAUGUGAAUAUAAAACAUGAUGCUUUAUUAUCGGGCUUAUGUAUACAUUAUGAAUGUGCUUUUUUUAGAUGUUCAUGGAUUAAUAUGAAUUUAUGUAUAUUUGAGUAUUUAGUAGUAUUUAAUGUUUGGGGAAUUGCUUGGUCCCAUGUUAUGUGACACCAUAUACGUGUUUUAAAGAUGUGUGUGCCUUAAUUGCGGGAAAACUUUGCAUACGCUAAUUUGCAACUUAUUUUAUAUUCGGUGUAUGUGGUUUUGUUAAGUUUGAGCUAUAAAGGUGAAAGUUUGAAACGUGUAAAUGUAUAUGUUGGUAACAAAACGACCAUUGCAUGGUGAAUUCUGUUUUUGUUUUGUUAUAGGGAUGAUGAUAGUUUGCGCUUGAAUUCUCACUUUGUGAAAGACAUUAACUGUAUUUCCAUAAAUUGUUAUGCUCCAGUAUCAAAUGUGAUUCUUGAAUUUGUAAAUAUAAAUAAAUAACGUACUUUCUAUCUUUUUUGAACAUCUAAACUUUUCGCAACAAAUAAAACUUCUUUAAACC